GGGGUGGGGGGAAGCAGCCCUCUUAAAAUAAUGCAUAUCUAUAAAACCUAAUUACUCUUCUUUUUUUUCCUUCUUGCAUUUCCUGGCUGCCGCUGCGUCGCAUCAUCGCCGCGACCUCGAAGAAAGCUCGUGUGUGUUUCGAUCGCUUAGUGUAGAAGAGUAAUCGCCUCAAUUGUGUAGUCGAAAUGGAUGCCUUGGACUCCGUCGUCGAUCCCCUCAGAGAGUUUGCCAAGGACAGCUUUCGCCUUGUCAAACGCUGCCACAAGCCCGACCGCAAGGAGUUCACCAAGGUGGCGGUCCGCACCGCGAUCGGCUUCGUGGUGAUGGGAUUCGUUGGAUUCUUCGUCAAGCUGAUCUUUAUCCCGAUCAAUAACAUCAUCGUCGGGUCUGGUUAGGUUGAAGGAAUUUUGUUGGUGCUGGGGUUAGAGCAACGAUGAAACUGCAUUGUGAGAGUCAAUUGUAGGUCAAGGAAAAUGUUCUUUUUUGCAUCCAAGUGAACUUUCAAAAUUUCUAGUGUUUAACCUUGAGGAGUAUAUUACUGCAAUCCGACUUAUUUGUUUACUUGCUUGCCAGAUCAGUGAUUUAUUGCUUACCUUCA